GAUUUGAAAGAAACAUAUAAAAAGGUUGAUCGGUCAUUGGGUUAGUAUCAGUCGCUUACAGUUACCUCAUCGGUUCAGUUCGAUCCAAACAAUAUACUCGUGGAAGCAUCCAACAUGAAGGCGUUCGUUGUGUUGUCAAUGGCUUUGGCCAUCGCAUGCAGCGCGGCAGUUGACGAAUCCACCAAAAAGGAGAAGCGUGGCCUCUGGGAACUGGGCUACGGUCAUGACAACCUCGAUUUUGACCUCCAUAAUAAUCAUCAUGGUCUGGACUUUGAUCACCAUAAGGAAGUGAAGCACGUUUCAACCACCAUCACCAAGAAGGUCCCAGUCCCAUACCCAGUCGAGGUCGAGAAGCACGUCCCAGUUGAAGUGAAGGUCCCUUACCCAGUGCACGUCGAAAAGAAGGUCCCAGUCUAUGUCGAAAAGCGAGUGCCUGUGGUUGUUGAAAAGAAGGUCCCAUACCACGUCGAUCGUCCAGUUCCCUACCCAGUUGAGGUUAAGGUCCCAGUCGUCCACAAGGAAUACGUCGAAGUGCCCAAGCCAUACGCAGUUCAUGUUGAGAAGCAAGUUCCAGUGAUCGUUCAGAAGCCGGUGUACGUCGAGAAGCAGGUUCCAGUGACCGUCCAUGUCAAGGAGCACAAGGACAAGCACUGGGGACUGUUCUAAUUGGUUGUUUAACUGUUAAUUUUUUUUUUGCGAUCUGAUGAAUCAAUAAACAAAUAUUUGGAAAAUUA